CAAUAAAAAGAGAGAGACUGUAAAGGAGGAGAGAGAAGAUGAAUGAAAGAAAAGGAAGUAGUAACAAGGAUGUGGACGGAAAGAUGACAUUUGAUGAGGUCAUCGUCAGCAGAAGGGCUGAUUUGCGGGUUUUGUCAAGUGGAGGGGCUGAUUUGCUCUACUUUUAGGUAGAGGGGCUGAUGUGCCACAACAAUGGACGUAGAGGGGCUGAGUUGCACCUUCUGCCUUUUUAUUUAUCGUUCCCCAAAUCAGUGUAGCAUUUAAUUCCUUUUUCAAAAGUUUAACCCCAACAGUCUACUAACACUGUUAAAUGCAGAAAAUACCAUCACCUAAAUUAAGAAAAGGAUAAUUUGAUA